CUCUCUCAGUGGAAAAUCUACUUUUCAGUCCGUUCGGCGAACUUGUGCAGUGGUAACGUAAAGCAAGUGGUUGGUCGUUGAAUUUUCUCGUUCUCAUCAGAAGCAAAAGAGAUUAAAAACAAGAUGCCGUUCAAGAGCAUUAAGGCCCGUCAAAUCUUCGACUCGCGCGGUAACCCGACCGUCGAGGUUGACCUGGUCACCGAUCUAGGACUGUUCCGUGCGGCCGUCCCAUCGGGCGCCUCCACCGGUGUUCACGAGGCGCUGGAGCUACGCGACGAAGUGAAGGCCAAUUGGCACGGCAAGGGAGUGCUGAAGGCGGUUGAGAACAUCAACAAGACGAUCGCUCCGGCCGUUCUGAGCUCUGGUCUAUGCGUGACCCAGCAGAAGGAGCUCGAUGAAUUGAUGCUGAAGCUUGAUGGUACGGAGAACAAGGCGAAACUCGGUGCAAACGCUAUUCUGGGCGUUUCGCUGGCCGUGUGCAAGGCCGGUGCCGCCAAGAAGGGAGUUCCGCUCUACAAACACAUUGCUGAUCUGGCCGGAAACGCCAACAUCAUCCUGCCCGUGCCGGCCUUCAACGUUAUCAACGGUGGAAGCCAUGCCGGCAACAAGCUGGCCAUGCAGGAAUUCAUGAUCUUGCCGACUGGUGCGUCCUCCUUCACCGAGGCGAUGAAGAUCGGCAGCGAAGUGUACCACCACCUGAAGAACGUGAUCAAGGCCAAGUUCGGACUGGACGCGACUGCCGUUGGUGAUGAGGGUGGUUUCGCACCGAACAUCCUUGAGAACAAGGAAGCGCUCAACCUGAUCCAGGACGCUAUUGCCAAGGCCGGCUAUACUGGCAAGGUGGAGAUCGGUAUGGAUGUGGCGGCUUCUGAGUUCCACAAGGAUGGCAAGUAUGAUCUGGAUUUCAAGAAUCCGAAGUCCGAUCCCAGUGCCUGGUUGGCGCCCGACGCACUCGAGGGGAUGUACCAGGGCUUCAUCAAGGACUUCCCGAUCGUCAGUAUUGAGGAUCCGUUCGAUCAGGAUCACUGGGAUGCCUGGACUAAGAUCACCGCGAACACCACAAUUCAGAUCGUCGGUGACGAUUUGACUGUCACCAACCCGAAGCGUAUUGCGACCGCCGUGGAGAAAAAGGCAUGCAACUGUCUUUUGCUUAAGGUCAACCAGAUCGGCUCUGUCACGGAAUCGAUCAACGCGCAUCUGUUGGCGAAGAAGAACGGUUGGGGCACCAUGGUGUCGCAUCGUUCGGGUGAAACCGAGGACACCUUCAUCGCCGAUCUGGUCGUUGGUUUGAGCACCGGACAGAUCAAGACCGGUGCUCCGUGCCGAUCGGAGCGUUUGGCAAAGUACAACCAAAUUUUGCGCAUCGAGGAGGAGCUCGGCGCUGGCGCCAAGUUUGCCGGUAAGAGCUUCCGCCACCCGCAGUAAGAAUCGUCAUCACGGUCCGCGAAGGCCAGCAACGAAAAUUCCGAUCAUCUGAGCUAGUAAGGGAGCGUAGCGAGAAGACGGCCAGAAGGGAGACAUAAUGUUCAAGACAAAACACCGUUUUACGAUUCGUGCGUUCAAUUCUCCUUGUCACAAGGACGAACCACCUAGUAUCAACUAGUUCUGACCCAUGGUGUGCGGUUCAUUGGUCCCAUUUCCACCACUCUCCACAUCCUGGUACCUAGCGCAGAAGUAUAAAGCAGAACUAACCAACCAUCCUAACCUCGGUAUUUAUCGUCGCACAGCUAUCGCAUGGAGUAAAUUAUAAGGCUUAAACUUAUUGAAUGUUUUAAUUGUUAAAUGAAAGUGUGACAGACACGUUGUCAAUGCAUUACUGAAAGUACAUGAUCAUUCGAUAAUACACACAAAAUCCAUGGUAGGAAACUACAAAAUA